UCGUAAACUCCAAGCGAAUCCUAUUUUGUUAUUUUGAAAGGAAGUAAUGUCUUUCUGUGAUGGAUAGGGCUGAAUUAAACCACUGCCGCUUCUGCGCGGAGCCGAGGGAUGAAGAUAAGCUCUUCGAUCUUAAAAUGGAUACAGAAAUAUGCCAAGCCACAGUCUCUAAAUUGACAUUCCUUAACGCAAUGUAUGUUGAUAUGUCCGACGACACACUGCCUAAAACGAUAUGUUUUGUAUGCUACAACUCUCUUAAUCAUGCAUACGAUUUCUUAAACAAAGUUAAACAAGCACAGGAAGUGAUUUUAAAUCUUUAUUCAGAGAAAAAAAGCGCUAGUUUUGAUCUUGAUGAUAAAGUAUCUUUUGACGACUUGAUUAACGAAGAUUCUGAACAUAUUAAACAAGAAACUUCUGGAAUUAAAAAGCGUAAAUCGACAACAGACUCAAAAGUUUCAGUUAAAGUUGAACCAAAAGAAGAACUUGAGGCCACAGAUGAUACUAGCAGUAUGGGGCGCAGUCCGAGCCCUUCGAACUUUGACGAGAGCCUUAACGUCCAAGAUAUUAUCGACGCAGCUAUGACCACCCUAAUAGCUAUUUAUGCUAAAGAAAUGUCAGAUGUUAAUAAAAAAGUAAUAAAUACUUGGCAGGAAUAUCCGUGGCUGUGCGCGCACUGUAACAUAGAGUUUCAGGAUAUAGCAACGCUUCGGAAGCACUCGAAGCUGGUGCAUCGCAAGUGUUCUGCGUUUACGUGUGUGGAUUGCAAGUCAUACGGACACAAGAGUUUUAACGCCUUUGUUAAUCAUGUUAUUAAACACCGGAAGAGCCUUCUAAACCAAUGCUACUACUGCGACGCGGCCCCCGUCGAGCUGUCUCCCCACCUCGCCUCACACCUCAAGUCCCAUCUCGCCUGCCCCGCUUGCGGUGACUUCCUCAAAUCCGAAGAGGCGCUGCAACAGCACCUUCUCGACUACAACUCCUCCAAACCCAAGCGGAAACCGAGAAGAAAACGAGGUGUUCCCAUCACCAUAGCUGAUUUAACCUGUAAUAUUUGUGAAAAGGUCUAUAAGAACCCUAACAGUCUUCGAGACCAUGUAAAAUUACAUCGAAUCGACAGAAAAAGGGAUUACACAUGUGAUCGCUGCGGCAAAACGUUUUACAGCAAAGGUACGCUAACAUCACACAUAAUGUCACAUGAUCAAAUCCGCCCACACAUAUGUAGGAUAUGCAAUAAGUCGUUCUUGUUCCCUAAUAUGCUCCGGAGGCAUGUGCAGAUGCACUCCGGAGUCAAACCAUAUAGUUGUGAACAGUGUGGCAGGUGCUUUAGACUUCAGUAUCAAUUGAAUGCUCAUAAAAUUAUCCAUACUGAUGCUAUGCCUCAUGUAUGCCAAUACUGCAAUAAAGCAUUUCGGUUUAAACAGAUUCUAAAGAAUCAUGAACGUCAACACACAGGCGCAAAACCAUACUCCUGCAAUCAAUGUGGGAUGGAGUUCACCAAUUGGUCGAAUUAUAACAAGCAUAUGAAACGCAGGCAUGGAACGGAUACGUCUAAAAAGAAGAUCACUCCGGAAGGUGUGUUUCCUAUCAACCCUGAAACGGGGCAGAUCCUGCAAGUCCAGGAUGCUGGUAUGGACGAGUGGAAGAGUAAAAUUAUGAUACCUGCGAAAAGGGGAAAGAAAAAAGUUAUAAAAAGGGAGGAUGAUGAGAUCAGGCUGCCUGCACAAUUUGAGAGCGCACACGCGUGCGAGAGCGAGAGGGAUGAUGGGAAAUUCUCUGGAGUACAAUUCGUUCAAAAUGCCGAUGUCAAUGACCUUGCUCCGUAACUAUGUGUCGUCUGUGAAAAUUUUAACUGUCUAGCUAUCACGGUUAAUGAGAUACAGCCUGGUGACAGACAGACGGACAGCAGAGUCUUAGUAAUAGGGUCCCGUUUUUACCCUUUGGGUACGGAACCAUAAAAAAGAAAUUGUAAUGCAGCUACUAACUAUAUUAAGUGCAAAAGGAUUUAAGCCUAGUGUUACACAUAAGAGUUAUGAUAUCUAUUCUAGAGUAAUUUCGGUACAAUAUUAUUAUAACUUUAAAGUGAAUUAAAUACCGAAAAUAAAUGAUGGACUUUCACAAAAAAAUCUAAAGACUGAAAUUAAAUGCCAUAGACAAUUCAAUAUUUCAUAUUUUCAAUAUCGAUGGAUAAUUAAAAAGCAAAUUAGGCAGGAACCUAAAAGCUUUUUUUUUUCACUAACAUGUAUUGGCUCCUCUACACCAUUGGCCAUGAUGGGCAAUUGCAGGUGAUCUCGAUCGUGUGGAGGGCUUAAUGUUCUACAGUGGCCCAUGAUCGGCGAUGAAUCGCCAUUCUGUCCGUUUACAGGCAAAUAAAUAGACAUAGUAGACGCGCCACCGAGCGACCGAGGGUAAGAGAAAGAAUAUUCAUAUAAAAUUUGGGCAGCAUAGGAUUUUUUCUCUUUCACCAAGGACAAUAGAAGAGAUCUCUUCUAUCGCCUCCUACCUAUGAUGCCACCCGGUCGGUGAUAAGGACAAAGCCUGGCACUAUUUUCUCUUUCCUCUACUACAAAUCGCAAUAAGACUAUCUUUCUCUAUCAAAGAGUGUCAGACCCUUGGGCAAAUAUUAAACAUCAAACAUUUAUUCAGCAAAUAGGCCACAGGGGCACUUUUACAUGUCAAUUUUUACAAACAAUAAAAUUAACCCAAAAUUACAAAAAACAAUUACAUAAAUAUAAAUGUUAAAUUACACAAGAAAAAUAAAAACUAACAAAAACUAUACAAAUAAUAGAAGUACUACAAUUGUUUAGAGAUGUAAAAGUCUCUAGGUGUCAGAGAUAAAAUGUACAUAAUAAUAAAAAAGAUCAUCAAAUUAUCCAGAGAUGUAAAGGGUCUCCAAGACUUGAAUUGUUAUAUAAUUAAUAAAAAGACAAGAAUUAAAUUAAAGGAAGUGGCGGCCAUGAUUCUGCGCGUGCCCACACGAUGGAAUCGUCGGCCAUUCUGUAAUGGACCAACAUUGCCGAUGGUGUAGUGUGUAUUGUAGACGAGCUAUAUGGGGUAUUUUCUAUGAAAAGGGACCUUAUUGUCGAUGGCGCUUACGCCGCACAGCGUCGCGCGU